AACUAUAAUGUGUUGGAACAGGUGUAUGACGUGACAAAAUUCUUGGAAGACCAUCCCGGUGGUGAUGAGGUUUUGCUGUCAGCCACAGGAAAGGACGCAACUGAUGAUUUUGAGGAUGUUGGUCACAGUAGCACCGCAAGAGCAAUGAUGGAUGAGUUUUACGUAGGUGAUAUUGAUACAGCAACCAUCCCUGCCAACGUCAAGUACACUCCUCCUAAACAACCUCACUACAACCAAGACAAGACACCAGAAUUCAUCAUCAAGCUCCUGCAGUUCCUUGUUCCCCUGAUAAUCUUGGCUGUGGCUGUUGGAGUCCGCUUCUAUACCAAAUCACCUUCAGCAUAGCCACAAUUAAGAACUUGAAAUGUGACCAAAAUAAGUUUGUCUUAGUUGUCUUUGUACCCUUGUUGGAGGUGGGACUGUUGCAGACGAGAUCUUUGAUAUCCAAGCAUUGAGUGAUCAAUGUUUGUUUUCUCCUUGCCAGUGUCUUCUUAUAAAAUUUUAUUAUUCAUGUUUUCAUCCUUUUA